GAGAAGGCGCAGGAGGAGCUCGAGGCUCGAGGCUGGCCAAGCUGGGGACUAGAGGGAGGCGAGGGCCUAGAGUGCACGGGGGGAAGGAGAGAAGGAAGGGGUGGAGGCGGGCCAGAAGCGAGGAGCGGGGGCAGCGUCCCCAUGGCUCCGGCCGGCUGCAGGGCGGCGCUGGCCCGGCUAGUGCUGCUGCCGCUCGCCCUGGCCCCUCUGCGGGCCGGCCCUGGGAGCGCGCACCCUCAGUGCCUGGACUUCAAGCCCCCGUUCCGGCCGCCGCACCCACUGCCCUUCUGCGAGAUGUACUCGGCCUUCGGCUGCUGCGAUGCCGAGCAGGACGCCGCGCUGAGCCGCCGUUACUGGGCCGUGACCCGCCGCCUGGAGCCCGACACCUUCGCGGACUGCGCCGCCUACGUGCGCGACCUGUUGUGCCAGGAAUGCUCUCCAUAUGCCGCACAUCUGUUUGAUGCAGAGGACCCAUCCACACCCCUCCGGACAGUGCCCGGGCUCUGUAAGGACUACUGUCUAGAUGUAUGGCACAGAUGCAGGACCGUAUUCCGUCAUCUCUCCCCAGACCCAGAGUUAUGGGCACUGGAGACUAAUCGGGCCAAGUUUUGCCGCUACUUAUCCCUUGAUGAUGCUGACUACUGUUUCCCUCGGCUGUUGGUCAACGAGAAUCUGAAUGUGAACUUGGGUCAGGUGAGGGCUGACACAGAAGGCUGCCUGGAGCUCUGCCUGGUGGAGGUGGCCAACAAGCUCCGGAACCCCGUGGCCAUGGUGCAUGCCAAUGAUGGCACCCACCGAUUCUUUGUGGCUGAGCAGGUGGGGCUGGUCUGGACUUACCUCCCCAACCGUUCAAGGUUGGAGAAGCCUUUUCUGAAUGUCAGCGAGGCCGUGCUCACCUCUCCCUGGGAAGGUGACGAGAGGGGCUUUCUUGGCAUUGUCUUCCACCCUCAGUUUAAGUAUACUGGGAAAGUCUAUGUGUACUACUCUGUGGAGGUCGAUUAUGAGGAAAGGAUCCGCAUCAGUGAAUUCAAGAUUUCCACUGAUGACAUGAAUACUGUGGACCACAGAUCUGAAAGGAUAAUUUUGGAAAUUGAAGAACCAGCAUCUAACCACAAUGGUGGACAGCUGCUCUUUGGAGAUGACGGGUAUCUUUACAUCUUCACCGGGGAUGGAGGAAUGGCAGGAGAUCCAUUUGGGAAGUUUGGAAACUCACAAAACAAGUCAGCCUUACUUGGCAAAGUAUUGCGGAUCGACGUGAAUCACAAUGACCGAGGGCCUCUGUAUAGAAUCCCUCCUGAUAAUCCUUUUGUUGGUGACCCGUUGGCCCGACCAGAAGUCUAUGCCUAUGGCGUGCGAAACAUGUGGCGCUGCUCCUUUGACCGAGGAGACCCCAUUACCAAGGAAGGGCAGGGAAGGCUCUUCUGUGGAGAUGUUGGUCAGAACAAAUUUGAAGAGGUUGACAUUGUAGAGAAGGGGAAGAACUAUGGAUGGAGGGCCAGGGAAGGCUUUGAGUGCUACGACAAAAAAUUAUGUGCCAAUUCUUCACUAGAUGAUGUUCUUCCAAUCUAUGCAUAUCCACACAAGAUGGGAAAGUCUGUCACAGGAGGCUAUAUCUACCGGGGCUGCGAGUCCCCCAAUUUGAAUGGGCUAUACAUAUUUGGGGAUUUUAUGAGUGGGCGCCUGAUGUCACUCAGGGAGAACCAGGCCACCAGACAGUGGCAGUACAGUGAGAUCUGCAUGGGGCGUGGGCAGACAUGCAUGUUUCCAGGCAUGAUCAACAACUAUUAUCAGUACAUCAUUUCCUUUGCUGAAGAUGAGGCAGGGGAACUUUACUUCAUGUCUACCGGAGUGCCAAGCGCUACUUCUGCCAGUGGAGUCAUUUACAAAAUGGUUGACCCUUCCAGGAGAGCUCCUCCGGGCAAGUGUCAGAUCAAGGCGGCCCCCGUGAAAGUGAAGAGCCGAAUCAUCAGCUUUGCACCUAAGGAGAAGUUCAUCUCCCAGACUGUGACUGCGCGGCCUAAACCACGAACCACCACCAAAGCCCCACGACGGAGCACCUCCACCACAAGGCCCACACCCUCUUCAACACCUGACUGGGUCGAGCAGAUUUUGCAACUCAUCCGAAACCGCUCAGUGACCCCCACAGCAUCUGUUUUGACCCCUACGCGGCGGCCUUCUGGCCGGAGAGGUGGGAGGAGGAAAAAAAGGCCAACUACAGCACCCCCAGCUCCCCGGAAUGGUGCUGUCCGAUUGCUCAACCACCAGUCCCCAGGUCGGGACCGGGGCCGAGUGGAGAUCUAUGUGAGCGGAAGGUGGGGCACUGUCUGUGAUGAUGUUUGGGACUCCAAGGCUGCAGCUGUUGUCUGCCGCCAACUGGGCUUCCCCUAUGUGGUCAAGGCGGCCAAGAGGGCAGAAUUUGGCGAGGGCCAGUCCCUGCCCAUCCUUCUGGAUGAUGUUCGCUGCACAGGGCAGGAGAGAAACCUUCUGGAGUGUUCGCAUGCUGGGGUUGGCAAACACAACUGUGACCACAAGGAAGAUGCAGGAGUGAUGUGCAGCUAUCAAGACCCUGACCUAUAGAUGCGUGUGGGUGGCUGUGGAGCAUGACGCUAAGGGCAUGAUGGGGGCAAGAAGAGAAUGGUUCUGGGGAGCCUCUCUCUCUCCCCUGCCAAGUGGCCUUGUGGGCUCCAUUUUGCAUGAUGUGUGUGUAUAAUGUAUGUAUGUGCACACAUGGGCACUUGUGUGUAUCUGAGAUCUUCCCUCCUUCUGUUCACCUUCUUUUCUUUUUUUCUCUUCCUUUCCUUCUCCUUUUCCUUCCUUUCUUCCUCCCUCCCUCCUUCCUUCCCUCUCUUCUUUCUCUUUCUUCCUUUCCUUUCCUUUCUUUCUUUUUCUUUCUCUUCCCUUCCUUCCUAUCUCUUCUUUCUUUUCCUUUUCUUUCUUUCUCUACUUUCUUUCCCUCUUCCUUCCUUCCUUUCCUUUUCUUUCUUUCCAUUCUUGAUUUUCCUUCCUUUCCCUUUCUUUCCUUUCUUUCCCUUUCUUUCCUUCUUUCUUUUUCUUUCCUUCUUUUCUUUCUCUUUUUCCCUUCCUUUCUUCCUUUCUUUCUUUCCUUCUUUCUUUCUUUUCUCUCUGUCUGUCUGUCUGUCUGUCUGUCUGUCUCUCUCUUUCUUUCUUUUUCCUCUAAAUACUCAGAGGAACAGCAGGGCAAAAUUUGGAGAGUCAGUGCUCGUUGUUGAGGUUUGUGCAGGUACAGAAUUGGAGUCACUUGUUUUCUUCAGAUUCAUGAUUAGAAGGCUAGUGUCUGGAGUGACAGUGGUAAGGACCUCUAUGUCUUCUGCCCUGUUUGUGCAAUAGCUGGGAUAUUGUGUUCAGCUCCAGCCAUUUUAGGAGGGAUUUUGAUAGACUAGAGUGAGAGAAAGAUGAUCAAGCUGGGGACUGGAGACCAGGCCAAAUGAGGAACAGUGAAAUAACUGUAGCUGGUUAGUGGAGAAGAAAAGACAUAGGGGAGGCAUGAUUGCUUGCUUCCAAUAUUUAAGGAACUAUUAUAGGAAAGAGGGAAAAGACAAGUCUUUUGUGACUCCAGAGCUUAUCAUUGUGCCUGGAACACGGUGGUUACUUAAUAAAUGUUUGCCAACUGUCUGAGUGUUCAUAGACUCCAGAAAACAGAACUAAAAGUAGUGCAUGUAAGUUCAGGAAGGGCAAUUUUGGUUCACUAUCAAGAUCAUUUGGUUCACCAUUAAGAUAAAUGCUGAUCAUUGAAGCCAUCCUGCAAUGGAAUAGGAUGACUUCUGAGAGAGUGAACUCCCCAUCACUGGAGACGAUUCAAGCAGAGACUAGCUAGGCAUCUGUUAGGGAUGCUGUAGAGGGCCUUCAGUUCAAUUACACAAAUCAUUUAUUAAAUGCCUGCUGUGCUGGACAUUAGAAAUAUGAGGACAAAAACAAACAGUCGCUGCUCUUAACUUUCUAUUGGAGUUCUCAUAUUAUGUAGGGAUCCCUGUUAGUCCUACACUUCUUUGAACAUCAUGAUUCCCACAUUCAAGUUUAUGGAGCCAGAAGUUACUGGGAACAACCCGGGUUCCUCUCUAUGUGACCUUAGGUAAAUCACAACCUUUCUGUGCCUCUGUUUCCUCAUCUGUCAAAUGAGUGGACUGGUAUAUAAAGUCCCUUCCAGCUCUAAACCCUAUGACCCGAUGUCCCCAACCAUGAGCACUGACCAAGUAAACCAGUCAUAACUUUGUAGCUUAGAACUCAUUUCAAGUAGGGAUUGUUUAGUAGGCCCUUAAUAAAUCCUUGCUGAUUGGUUGACUGACUGGUGGUUCCUCUUUCCUGUGAGUGAAAAUUACCCCCACAAGGUAGCCUAAGCUUGGCAAAGACACAAGGGGGGUGGUUUCUGCCUCCUCUGAUGCAGGCAAAUGAGAAGCCUUUAGCACAGGAGCCAUACUUAUUUUUUUCUUUACCGUUCCUGAAGUCUUAGAUGCAGCUUCAGGAAGUAUUGGGUGGGGCAAGCACUACUGGUAGUGUGGAGUCGCUUUGUGAUCUUGAAUAAGUCACUUCUCUAAACUCCAUUUUCUCAUCUUUCAAGUGAAAGAAUUGGACUGAAUGAUACAACUCUAGCAGUCUAUGGCUCUGUGGUCCUGAGGUUGCUUCCCAGUCUGACAGCCUGUUUUAUGAUCCCAAGGCCCCUUCCGACUUUGACAUUCUAAAGUCCUAUGGAGUAUCAGAAAGGGGAGGGAUUAAUGGGUGAAGUGUUCCUACCUUAAAUACUGUAUGAAUAAGGGUCUGUGGGAGCUACCAUGCUUGUACCAUCCCCACAGAGCCAGCACCCCUUGGAAUCCAGUUAAUCUAUCAACAAACACUUAUUAAGUGCCUACUGUGUACCAAGUGCUAGGGAUAGAAAUCCAAUAAAUGAAACAAUCCCUACUUGGAAGGAGAUGAAAUUCUAGUAGAGGAGAUCUACUUACCCCAGGGAAAGCAGGAGAAUAAUCAGAUUAACUUGAGAACCUGGCUUUUUGAUGACAACUCUUCAAGUAUGGAAUCGCCAUACAAGCUCCCUGAAAUCUGCCAUGGAACCAUUGACUAUUACUGAUGAACCACAUAACAACAAUUUAGUAAGCACCUACUGUAUGCAAAACACUUGACUAGGUGAUGGAGGAGAUAUAAAGUUUAGAUAAAACACGCACCAUGGCUAUAAGGAACUCACUUAUGUCUAGUAAGGGGAUAAGAAGUGUAUCUAUAGUUAGCACCUUCAACUUUAAGGAUAUGUAAUUUUUUUGGGGUGGGGUAUGUAUUCCCUCUACCACUAUAGAUCCCAUUAAUAGGUGAUUUUCAUGCGGUGCCAUGGCAAAAAAAUGCAUUAUUCUGUGGUGAGCCUAGUGCUAUGUCUCUCCAAAAACAUAUCAUUAUAUGAAAAGUGCAUCGCAAACCACAGUACUAUGGGAAAAGUUGUCUAUGUCUGGGGAAUCAGGGAAAGCUUCGGAGAGGAGAUAACAUUCCAGUUGGGCUUUAAAGGACGGGUAGGAAUUUAACAGGCAAAGAUAAAGAAGACAUUCUAUGCAUGGGGAAUAGCAUGAAGACGUGGAGGUAUGAGAGAUUUGCGUGCGUAUGGGUUCUAGAGAUUUGUCUCAUUCUGUUAGAGUGUGGGCCUUCUUUGGAGAUAGCUCUCUCCCUUUACAAAGGAGGAAAUUCAGCCCCAGAGAAGGGCAGUAGCUUGCCCAAAGUAACACAGCACAUUGUAGCCCCCAGGUUUCCUGGUUCUCCCAUUGCCCUCCUCCCCAGAACAUUCAGUCUGUAAAAAGACCCUGUUCAAAUUAGUUUUACAUCAUAUUUUGGCAUCUUCUUGUGACAGGAAACUUAGAUGGGUCAAUGAAUUUCCCCAGGCUCUGUCAUGGCAGUCUGUCUGUGAGACUGUAUGUAUAAUUGGGCUGUGACCCCAACCAAAUGCCCCCUAUGUCUGAGGGUCCUGCCAGCAUUCGAGCUGCAGAGAACAGAAUGUAUUGGGGGCUGGGAAGGGACAUCAUCUUUGCUGCCAUAUUGCAACAUGCCCCUAAUAAAGGCUGAAUGCUUGAAUUUCUGUUUUACUUUGUCUCUUAUAGCUUCAUUGAGUAC